AAACCGCCAAAAAAACUCGGUAGAAGAAGAAGAAGAAGCAGCGCCCGUAGAAGAAGAAGCCGGAAGUGCCGUUGUUGUUUCCGUGUCCUUGUGAGCGGACGCAGUCUUCGGGAUGUACAGACAAUUACUUAUCCUCCAGCAGGUGGCGAGGCGGAGUUUCUCCGGUUCUGCUCGGAAUCAACUUCAGAACAAAGUGUCUCAGAAACAGAAGUUGUUUCAGGAUGAUAACGGGCUGCCGGUACAUUUGAAAGGAGGUGUGGGUGACGCCCUGCUGUACAGAGGAACGAUGGUCAUCACCACCCUAGGAGUUGGCUAUGUGCUGUUUGAGCUGGUUCGGGCAUCAUUUCCUCAGAAGAAAUAAUAAAUACGACUGUUUACUUCAUUUAAAAACUGGCCAGUCGCAGGUGAUUGUAAAAUAAAGAUGAUGAUCAAUCUGUGCCAGAGCCUUUUUCUUUUUCCUGUCAUGGUGGUGGAGGUGUUUCAUGUCCACGGGAUCAAUAUUUAUUUGUUUGCUCUCUGAGAUCAAUAAAAUCUGCCUCAUGACCAAA